AUGAGGGUGGGCCUUCUGCCCCGUGCGUCGCCUCGGCCCAUGGCCUCCCCGCCGCGGGCCCCCGCGCAGGUCCUCAACGUGCUCCUGGAGCACAGGGCGGACGUGAACCUGGCCAGGACGGACACGGGCGCCACCCCGGCGUUCGUGGCGGCGCGCCAGGGCCACAGCAGAGCGCUCCUGGCGCUGCUGGAGGCAAGGGCCAACGUGGAGGCGAAGAAGGACGACGGCCAGACGCCGCUGACCGCCGCAGCCGACCGCGCCAACGGCGAAGCCGUGCGGCUGCUGCUGUCGGCCAAGGCGGACGUCAACGCGCUGGGAUACCGCGGCAGCGAGUCGGCGAUGGAUUGCGCGCGCGCCGCCAAGGAGGCCGCGUCCACCCAGGAGGAGUUGGCGAAGGCGAACGCCGUCAUCAAGCUGCUGACCGAGGCGGGCGGCACCAGGGGCAAGAAGGACGCGGGGAAGAAGGCCAGCGAGCAGAGCGCGCUCAUGCUGCAGGCGAUCAGCAUCGGCGACACGGAGAAGAUCCAGUCGCUGUUGGACGGCCGCGCGGAUCCGAAUUACAAGACCGACAACGGAAG